ACAAAAUAACAAAACAAAGAAAAAGCUGGCCACACAUUCCUGCUGCUAAAGGGAACACGGGGGCGAAGGACCAGCUGCAGGGGAUUACGUCAGGUCACGGGCAAGGGUCACGUGGCAAGAGGAGUAACAGGUGAUAUCAGCAGGAGGAGGCGGGUGAGGUGCAACAAGAGGUAUCGAGAAGCGUAGUGUUCAAGAUAUCAUUCAGUCUCCUGGCGUGAAGGGAAGUAAACGCUCUUGUCCUCGCCUCUCCAACACCCGCAGUCUUGCCUCACCUUCUGCAGCAGCAAGAAGUAGUAAACCUGGCUUCUGAAGUCUAAGAGAGUCAGUUUCCUUCAUUCAUGUACCUGAAGCCGAAGAGACAAGACGUCAUUCCAAGAUUUACUACUUCUACAGCUGAGGCCCUCUGUUACACCAAGUAACUCCUAUACUCCUCCAACUCCAAGAGAGAGAAGACAAGCUUUCCUCCACGCUGAAGGACACAGGCGCAGUUUCCCUCCAGAAGCAAUAGGCGGUGACUUAGUGAGUGUUUCUCGUGUUUGUUGUGGUUCGCGAGUCGUGUCCUGCGAGAUGGAUGUGGUGGCUGUGGCAGUGGGCGGCAUGCUGCUGUGUCUGGUGCUGCUGUUCAUGUUCUCCAGAGUGUGCUGUCAGGUGAGUACUGCCUAUGUGUGUGUGUGUAUUUCUUCUUGUUUUUUCUUUGAUUUAUUUCAUGCUUCUUAUUCAUCUUUCUCGUUCUGUGUAUGUUUUGUCUCUUUAGAUUUGUUUUCCUUUCCUUCAUACUUCUUUAUGCAUCUUAUUAUUAUUAUUUUUUCGUCAGGUGUUUUUAUGUGUGUCUUUAUGUUUCCCCCUUGCUCUAUGUGCUUCUUUUCCCGUGUUUUUUGUAUUAUGCUUCCUCUUGUCAUUUUUUUUUUCUUCCAAUUUGAAUGUCUUUAUCAGAACCUUUAUCAGAACCUUUUGUUUGUCGUGGUCUAGUUUGAGUCAUGUCACACACGAGUCAUAUUUUACAGUAGGAAUACCACAUCCUUGCCUAGCGUUGUCUUCACUAACCCAUUCCUUCUCCCGCAGCAGGAGGACCCGAACCAGGAGGAGGAGGACAGGAGGACGAGGUGGCGGUCGCGGGAACCAGCCAUCCCCGCGCCUCCGGAAGUUCACCCACUGACUACUUACGUGCCAUGGACGCCCGCAAGACUCUUCCCUAAGCUCUUCAACGCCUCCGUCCAUCCAUACCUCCUCCCCAGCAUGCCCUUCCGUUCCGUCGUUGCCACGUCAAGCUCCAGGAAUGAUGUGGAGCCCCCCCUUCAAGCUCCCGUUUUUUCUGAGAGUGCAGGCCGGAAACCCAAGUCUUCUGUCGCAGCCAAGUGCAGGCUCCGCGCUACAGUGCCUCUCGCAGCCCGGGGGCUCUCCACCAGGCCCCACGUGCCGCCCCUGCCACGCCCUGCACGUAAAUUCCCGCCCACUGAAGCUACUCUGACGGAGAGCGCUGUGAGGAGACUUGCUGACUUGCCCCUGGCUCCCGUCCACUACUUCCCCCGCGAGAGCACCUCGGAGGCACGACGCAGACCCGACAUGGCCCCCCAGCUGCCCGCCCAGGCCCUCCUGUCGGUGCGGCAGGCCAGGACGAGGGCGUGGGUGCUCUCUCAGAUUAAGAUGCAGACGGAGGUGGAGAUGGUGCCUGCAGUGGCGCCCUCAGCGCUGGGCUGUGAAGCUUGCUGUGACGGACUGCAGCUGCUGAAGGAAUGGACCAAGGAGAGUGGACAGCUGCCUGAGGAACCCCAGCAGGAGGCGGUGGUGCAGAUGGAGGAGGAGAAGGAGGAAGAAGAAGAGCAGAGGACCGCGAUGUAGAGAGCAUUGAUGAAGAUGGUGCUGUGAAGAUUAUGAAGCGGUGAAGAGGGAACUAUGGGAUGGCUGUGGUGAACCGUGACAGUGUACAAGAUAGAGAGUGGCUGUGAAGAGGAAGGUGGUGUUAUCGUCUCAACCCCUGUAAGCGUAUCACUUAUGUCCUUGGCUGUGACUUCAUGCAUCGUGUCAGGCUGUCUGUUUGUUCCGUGUAUGAAGUAAUAUUCUCCAGAAUUUGUGGGUUCAUGUGCCUUAAUAUGUGAGAAUUGUGAUAUAAUUGCAAUGGUUGUGCCUUGGGUUAGAGAAUAAAGUUUAUAUGGUUAUAAAAUUCACGUGGU